GCCCCGAAGGACGGGGCGGGGGCGGGGCUGCCCCGAGCCCUGCCCCCAUGCACGUGCUCACGGUUCCCUUUCCCUUCCCAGCUCCGCCCCCAGGACUCGGCCCGUCCCCCUGGAGAGAAGAGAGCAUGGCCCCCGGGCGCGAGGGGGCCGUGAGCUUCCAGGACGUGGCUGUGACCUUCACCCCGGAGGAGUGGGGGCGCCUGGCCACCCCCCAGAAGGAGCUGUACCGGGAGGUGAUGCUGGAGAACUACGGGCACUUGGCCUGCCUGGGCCUGGCCAUCUCCAAGCCAGAGGUGAUCUGCCAACUGGAGAGGGGGGAAGCCCCUUGGAUGCCAGGGCGGGACAGCCCCCAGAGGCUACACGGAGACUCAGAGGUGGUGUCUAAAACCAAGGAGCCAACUCCAAAGAUUGCCGUUUCUGUGGAGGGAUCAUCCUUGGGAAUGCUCACAAAAGACCUUUCCUGUGUCUUCAAGUUGGGAGAAACUUCAGAAUGUGAUGCCCAAUUAAAGAGGAAGCAGAGACAUGUGGAAAACCAUUCUAGAAUUCACACUGUAGAGAAGCCCCGUAAAUGUAGUGAAUGUGGGAAGCCCUUUCGCCAGCGCUCACAACUUAUUGAACAUAUGAGAAUUCAUACUGGAGAGAAACCUUAUGCAUGUAAGAUAUGUGGGAAGACCUUCAGACGGACCACAGGACUUAUUCAACAUCAGACAACUCAUACUGGAGAGAGACCCUAUGAAUGUAAUGAAUGUGGGAAGGCUUUUACCCGAGUCACAGAUCUUACUCGACAUCAAAGAAUUCAUACUGGAGAAAAACCUUAUGAAUGUAAGGAAUGUGGAAAGGCCUUCACCCAGAUCAUAGACCUUACUCGACAUCAAAGAAUACACACUGGAGAAAAACCUUAUGAAUGUUUUGAAUGUGGGAAGGCCUACCAUGGGAGCUCACAGCUUACUCGACAUCAGAGAAUUCAUACUGGAGAAAAACCUUAUGAAUGCAAUGACUGUGGAAAGGCUUUUAGCCAGAAGUCACAACUUACUGUACAUCAGAGAAUUCAUACUGGAGAGAAACCUUAUGAGUGCAAAGAAUGUGGGAAAGCCUUUAGUCAGAGUUCACAACUUACUCUACAUCAGAGAAUUCAUACUGGGGAAAAACCUUAUGAAUGCAAAGAAUGUGGGAAAGCCUUCAGUCAGAGCUCACAACUUACUUUACAUCAGAGUGUUCAUACUGGAGUGAAGCCUUAUGAAUGUAAUGAAUGUCGGAAGGCCUUCAGUUGUUUCACAAUACUUACUGAACACCAGAGAAUUCAUACUGGAGAGAGGCCUUAUAAAUGUAAUGAAUGUGGGAAAGCUUUCAGUCAGAGCUCACAACUUACUCUACAUCAUAGAAUUCAUACAGGAGAGAAACCUUAUGAAUGUAAUGAAUGUGGGAAGGCCUUCAGUCGUUUCACAAUUCUUACUCAACAUCAGAGAAUUCAUACAGGAGAAAAGCCUUAUGAAUGUAAUGAAUGUGGGAAGUCCUUCAGCUGGAGUACAGGACUUAGUAGGCAUAAAGCGAUUCAUAAUGGAGACAAACCUUAUGAAUGUAAGGAAUGUGGAAAGGCCUUCCAUGAGAGCUCACAGCUUAUUCGACAUCAAAGAAUUCAUACUGGAGAGAAACCAUAUGAAUGUUUUGAAUGUGGGAAGGCCUUUAGUAGGUUCACAAUACUUACUCAACAUCAAAGAAUUCAUACUGGAGAGAAACCUUAUGAAUGUUUUGAAUGUGGAAAAUCUUUUAGCAGGAGCUCACAGCUUACUCUACAUCAGAGGAUUCAUACUGGAGAGAAACCUUACGAAUGUUUUGAAUGUGGCAAGGCUUUCAGCCAGAGUUCACAACUUAUUCUGCAUCAGAGAAUUCAUACUGGAGAAAAACCUUAUGAAUGUAAUGACUGUGGGAAGGCCUUUCGUGAUAGUUCCCAACUGUCUCGACAUCAGAGAAUUCACAAUGAAAGGAAACCCUAUGAAUGUCAAGAAUGUGGGAAGGCCUUCUGCCAGAGAAUGGAGCUUACUAUACAUCAGACAAUUCACAUUAGAGAGAAACCUUAGAUCUAUUUUUUAGAAAAAUGUGAAAAGGUCUUCCCUCCAGAGACCAGAACUUAUUUGUCCUCAGAUAAUUCAAAUUCAUACUGGAGUAUAGCCUUUAAUUGGUAAAGCCUUAUGAAAAUAAUGAAUGUGAGAAGGAUUUUAUCUAGUGCAUACUCUGAUAUUUAUACAAUAUAAUCUAGUGGGAAAAUUAUAGAUAAAGCAAAUUUCUGCCUAAUUUUUCUUAGUGGCCAUUAUAAAACUUUUUAUCUCCCAAAUUCCCAACUAUCUCCUCCCAAUUCCCACACUGAGACUAGACUUCAUUGCAAAAGUUGUGGUUAUAAUUUUUUGUUCUUAUUUGUUUUUUAGCCAGUCCUUCUCUUAGCCUUUUUUUUUGCUACUCUCAUUUUAUAUUUUAAUAUGUUUUUUGUUUUUACAUUACAGUAAUUUCUCUCCCCUUCCUUCUAGAUGAAAAUCUUUGUGUAAAAAAGAAAAACAAUUGAGUAAAUAUGGACCAUAUACAACAGUAUAUAAGCUAUUCUGAGAUAGUCCAUGAGCUCUCUGCUAUGAGAGAAGCUCUGUUUCACGAUCUCUCUCCUAAAUCUUCAUUGGUUUUUUUUUUUCAUUUUUCAGAGUUCAACUUCCUUUUAGUGAACUUUUAAUUGUCAUUGUUGUCAUCCUUGUUUUGUAGUGUUAUUUGCAUCUUCUUUUGCUCUGCACUACAAGUCUUCCUGUAUUUCCUAGACUGCCUCAUAAUUAUUAAUAUUCCAUUACAGUUACAUUAACAGUAAUGAAUUGGGAAAAUCUGAUUAGAAGUCAGCUCUUUCUACUCCUCAGAUAUUCUCAGAAUCACUUUCUGCUUUCUUCAGGUUUCUAGUCACAGAGAACUCACAAAUAUAAAAUUCUCUACCUCCAAACUUCACCCAUCCUCUUUUAAGACCAUUCCGGAAGCCAUAUCUUCUUAUACUACUUCAGUCCAUCUUCUACUGAUUCCUUCCAAGCUGCUUACACACAAGGUCAGAUGUCACCAAUGCUUUUUUUAAAAAAAGCCACACUUGAUCCACUUACCCCUUGUUUCUAAGCCAAGUCUUCUAUUGCAUCUGCUUCCUUGGAAGUCCUCAGAGACCUCAUGCUCACUAAACAUAGUGGCCAUUUGUCAAUUUUUAUUUUCUUCUUUUCUUCUAUGAAUUAAUCACCUUUUUUCACUGCCCUGUACUUUUACAUACCUGGCCUCUAGGUGGUGCAGUGGAUGGAGCACUGGCCCUGAAAUUG